AGGAGAGAAUGGAGGAAGGAGAUCAUACUAGUUCACUUGAAGUCUCUGCUGCAUCUGGAUCUUUGUUAGAUGGCGAAAUAGAAUUGAAUCCUUCAGACCGAGAACUUCGUUUACUCCAGCUCGGAGCUGAAAUCCUCAAAAGACCCAUUGUUCUCAUCGGAAAAAAAUUGUCUUACACCUUCUUCCCACAAGGCGCGAAGGGAGAUGAGAAUGAGGAUUACCGGGGGAUCCUGCUCUACGCCCAGGAAGACAACCUGUCCGACUCCAUCCUCCCCGUUGUGCCUCAAACCUGUGACACGAGCUGGUUCGCCCUGCGGCUUUGCAAUUCCCUCCCACCAAUCACGGAAGGCAUUACUGAUCCAACAUGGUCGCCGUCUGUGUUGGCCAGAGACAUGUUAUGUUUACCACGUCUCUGGUGGGCUGCUGUUCGAAUUCUGUGCGGCGGCCAGCGUCUCAUGUGA